AUACAGUGCAGUUGCUGUCGUUCACCGGCAGCCAGCCUAGCAAUACCACACUGCAUGAAGAUGAAGUGAGUGCACCCAAGAACUCUCGGUUCAAUAGGUCCGUGCGUGCGUUUUGACGUCAUGAAGAGACCAAAGUUAUCCAGUUCCGCUCAAGAUGGCGGCGCAGCGGAGGAAUCUGAUGCAGAGCCAUCAGAGUUGGACUGAUGACCUGCCCCUGUGCCAGCUGUGUGGCGUGGGCAAUUCACCAAACUGUGUGUACGGACAGGAUGGCAAGGGCGCCCAGAGCCACCCGUAUGAGGAUGGUCAUUUCCGGUUCAGAGGCGAAGACUGCUCCCUCUAUGGGGUGUUUAAUGGCUACGAUGGCAGCAGGGUGGCCAACUUCAUGUCCCAGUGCCUGACUGCGGAGCUCUUACUGGGCCAGCUCAACACCACACACUCUGACGCAGACGUCCGACGGAUACUCUCCCAGGCCUUCGAUGCCGUAGAGAAGAGUUACUUUGAAACCAUUGGGGACGCACUGGCCGAGAAGGCCAACCUGCAGUCUCAGCUCCCCGAGGGUGCGAUCUUCCACCAGCUGUCUCCUCAGAGUCAGAAGCUCGCUGAUCGGCUGGCAGCCCUGGAGCAGGAGGUGAAUGGAGGCGCCACUGCAGUGGUGGCCCUCAUCCUCAACAACAAACUCUACAUCGCCAAUGUUGGGACCAAUCGGGCCUUGCUGUGCAAGUCCACGAGUGAUGGCCAGAACCAGGUGAUCCAGAUCGGCCGAGCCCACACCACGGACAACGACGACGAGCUCACCAGACUGGUACAGCUCGCCUCGCUGAAGGUGACCCCCCCUCCCCCUCUUGUGUGUGCGUCUGCAGGGCUGGACGCCAAUCGACUGCGCCAGACCAGCCUCAUCGCCGGGCAAAGUAGCACCCGCAGGAUUGGGGACUACAAGGUGAAGUUUAACUACACGGACAUCGACGUGCUGAGCGCUGCCAAGAAUAAGCCAAUCAUCGCCGAGGCAGAAAUCCACGGAGGCCAGUCGUUGGAGGGAGUAACGGGCUUUCUGUUGCUCAUGUCCGAGGGGCUUAUCAAAGCUCUGGAAUCCGCUCACGGACCUGAGCAGGCCAAUCAGGAGAUGGUUGCCAUGGUGGCGGCGGAGCUGGCCCAGCAGAGCACCCUGGAGGCGGCGGCCCAGUCUGUGGUGGAGCGGGUCAAGCGGCUGCACCACGACGCCUUCGUCAGCGGGCGGCAGCGGGCAUCGCACUGCUCACGGCACGAGGAUAUGACCCUUCUCGUCCGCCUCAUCAAUUACCCGCUCCCUGAUGGCACGCUCACGCCCACGCAAGGUGGGCGCAUCUACCCUGUGUCUGUGCCCUACUCCAGUAGCCAGAACACCAGCAAGACGAGCGUGACCCUCUCCCUGGUCAUGCCAUCCCAGGGCGGCACACUGACCAACGGGACCAACACCGCCUCCACCCUGGACGGUGGCACCCCCACACCUGGCCAGAGCCCCACGGCCACCCUGCAAUCCACCAACACCCAGACCCAGAGUUCCAGCUCCAGCUCGGGCGACGGCAGCCUCUUCCGCCAGCGGGGGAGUCAGGCGGCCCAGCCGGACGAGACGGGCCGGGUGCCCCCCUACGUGGACUUCACCGAGUUCUACCAGCUCUGGGGCUCGGAUCACAACGACGGCCAGAGCACACAAGGCGGCCUGGGACCUCAGUGAGGAGCCUGAGGGGGGGAAAAGACCACGGGAUUGGAGGGAUUGGACUUUGGGUUGGAGGGGUGGCAUGGUCGGUCACAUGGGGUGGCCUGAAGCCGGGGGCUUCUGCGGAAGUACGCCUGCAGACUCCAUGAUGAACUCAGCAAAGUGACUUUGUUAAUGCGUUACUCCAGGUUACUACUCACAGAUGUCAGCAAAUUCCCAGAUUUUGUAUCUGCCAAUUUAUGUUCAGUUUAUGACCUUCUUUGAGGCAUGCACACGAGGUAGGCAGACCUCAGGAUUGUGCUCGCUCUGUGUGUAGGGUCUUUCUCCAUGGCAACCUGUUAUUGUUAUUUUAUUUCUUUUCCUCAACAUGGUCUAUGAUUGGAAAAUGUUUUAAAGUAAUGGGAUGUGUGUACACAAAGAGUAGUGUGAUUGGCACAUUCCAUGACUGAAGGUGAAUGUAGUGUGUUAAGGGUGAGUUCUAGGAGUGGGGAACAAAACUCUUAAUGCACAACAUCUAGAAUACAUACAGGGCAUGGACGUUCAGUAGCGGUAGAAAGAGGUAUAAAAAAGGGGAAUGUACAAACACCCACGCCGUGUACAAAAGGAAUUGUUGCACUUGUUCCUUCAACUGAAAACAUGAACUCCUCUGCAUUUUUAACCGUUGCCUUCGCUGAGUUGUGAGCCAAAGAAAUGGACGGCUAAGGGGCAUUUUAAAAAAAAGAAAAAUCUUCCCUGCUCCAGCAGGAAACAUGCUGGGUGCAAAACUGUCCGCACUCGGUUGUCAUUUAGCAUGCAUCACGGCUGUUUUUAUUAUUAUUAUUGUUUUUUCUUUUAAAAGGCUGUGUGGUGGUAAGCUACACGAGCAUAUCUGUCCAUUCUUUUUCUUUGAAUCAUGUGAUGAAGACCGAAUGGGUGGGUGGGUGACUGUGAAGUUAAAAAUGCCAGCCCCUGUCACGGAGCUGAUGGCUGCCACGCUGCCCACGCCGCUGAUCAUGACUUCAGGCACCCCUGUGGACCCAUGCUAAAGAAAGAGGAUGAGGUCAGAGGGGUAGGAGCGUGAAGGGGGGGUGGUGUGACCUAAGCUAAUGCUGACGUCACCGGGGGUAUAUCUGCGAAUGUCACAUGUAUAUCUCUGUUUGUGUUUAAUGUGUGUCGUUUUUGCUCCUAUGUAUCGCGAGCAUUAGUGCCUUGCCAAAGUAAAGUCUUAGAACCGGAA